AUGGCGCAGCUCUUUUCUCGAGGAUGGAAAGUGGUCCAAGGCCCCACGACGGAGAAUUCUGCACUAGCAAAGCAAGACUCAAAGAGACGUCCAGCAAACGUUGAACCCGCAAAUCAAUCGUGGUGGAGAUGGAGACAGCGUCGCUUUGCUGCCAUCGGCUGGGGUUACGUCGCUCUUAUGAUUGUCAUCUUCUCGCUGUCGAGCGCGUGGAGUUUGCUCUUGAUCGUGCUAAACCUCGAGCCGGAUAGAAGCGCAAAUUACAUUUUGCAGAGUGAAAGCUUGGACUACGGACACUUUUGGCAGUCUCGCAAGGCACCAUUAUCCAUUCAAGCAAUGACUACAGUCCUACUGAUUGUAGUCGUCGGGGUUUACUGGUAUCUGCUGUACUUACUACUUAUCCGACCUCCACAACGCAGGACUCGCUCAGAAAGGUCUAAAUCCAAGCGACAGUCGACGAAACCAUUAAAGCAGGAUAAAACAUCUUGUUCUACACUAAUUCUGGUACUGCGAAGAGUGGCUAGUAUCGUGCUACAGAUCUUCCAGAGCGUCAUUUCGACUGAUGGCAAAUAUCGGAAAGUGUGGAAUGUCCUGAUGGAGAUUCCAGAUGUUAUUUUGCAGAUACUCUCUCUUCGGGAGUACAUGGCUCAAGGACUGGACUCUUCACUACUCUAUUGCUACGCUUCUCUCAUGGCUUUGAAUGCUUUCACUGUUUUCUAUCACGUGCAAUUCCGAUGGAACGAAGCUGCUUUUCACCACAUUCUGAAAGAUUCCAUUCUCGACGCAACAUGUGCAGUAUUCUUUCCAGCCCUCAUCUUGUUCUACUCCUUUUUCGUAUUUCAAGAUGACCUCAAAGCCGUCAAAAUUCGCCAACAGUUCUUCCCUCCACGGGUAUUUGAACGAAAAGCCCGCAACUACGUUAGCGCCAAAGAGAUGAAUUUGUUCAGCACAGAUUUUGAAAGUCUCUUGAUUCGAAAUGGGUGGGAUAUCUUCCUCAAGUUAAGUUUUAGCUUACUCGCCUGUCUGCGAUGGACCAGAAUCACAAGUGUUCUUCUCAAGCGAGAGCGCAAACUGUCACGAGGUCUUUCACACAAAAGUGCCAGCGAAUCUCUCACUACGCUCACAAUGAACAAGGAAAAAUCUGUGGCGCCUCUGGAUACGUUGAGUGCUGUUGCUCAGCAACCUGAGAAGAGAGAUGAAACAGUAGAAUCAAACCGGUUACUACGGUUUGGACUUCGAACGGCAGUCGGUCUGAUGUUUCUCGUGUAUGGUAUUGGAUGUAUCGUGUACACCGCUGUCGCAGUGCAAGUUUCACGUGCUUCGUGUUCCUCAUAUCCACAGUGCGUUCAAUAUAGUUACCAGUGGAUUCUUGGCGAGUCAAACGAUCAGUGUCAUUGUCUCGCAUACGUCGAUCGAGAGUUGGCGCCUGCAAAUACUCAAGAAUUGGUGGACGUGACGCAAACAUUGGCGACCUUGGCUGCUGUCGGUAAACUUCAAACUGUUCAACUGGUGAAUCGCAAGAUAAACAGAUCGCUUCCAAACGCACUUGAAUCUUGCAAAGGGCUUCGGAACUUGGUAUUAAUUCACACAGGGGUCAAAGUAUUCCCUUCGUGGACAGCUACCUCAUUUUCCAAGCUCGAAUAUCUUCAUAUUGAAGGUGAUACUUCUGAUAUUAACCUCACCGAGUUGCCAAGCGACCUGUUUACUUCGAUGACAAAUCUCCACACUAUCCACCUUUCGUAUCACAAAUAUCUACCAACUCUGCCUUCGAUGGUUGGGCUGAGAUCGUUGGAAAGUGCCUACUUUGGAUACCUUAGCUUGACCACAGAUGUCCCUUCGAUGGAAGAUCUCCCGUCCAUCCAAGUGUUAGCACUGGAAGGUCUUUCCCAUGUUCGCACACUUCCAGACAUUGAACAGUAUCGAGAUACACUGCAAAUGGUGUUUGUGCAAGACUCAGCAGCUUGUUGUAGUGGAUUUCUAAACGGCGGUGUCUGUAACACAACAUUUCUAAAUUGCUGCGAGCGAGAUAACAGCGAUGACAGUAGUGAUGAUCCGUUGCCUCCAACGUGUCUUAACAUACCUGAUGAGAAUACUCUUCUCCCGACAAACACGAGUUUGUCAGUUCUCAGUCGAUUUGCAGCCAACGUGUCGAAUUUUUGCGAUCCAGCACAAGCAAAGUGCCCGUUUGCCCACAAACUCAAUAGCAUUUGGACACCAGAAGAUGUUUGUCUUGGUGUGCUCUACCGCGAAUGCACGUCUGAAUACCUAGGUGUUGGGAUCUGUUUCAACCAGGAUAUGGGUCGUGUAAAAUGUGUACACUCACAAACAGUCAUUGACAUGAGGAAGGCAGAGAUCCAAGCUGGUUGUGAAUGUGACGAGAUUGAGGAGAAAUGGCUCGGCUGUGAAUGA